UUUCUUUACCCCGAGGGUUAUUUAUUUCAGAUUCAAAAUGGCGACCGUGGAUAACAAGGAAAAGAUUAUUCAUCCGAAAAGUUUACAAGAAGCAUUAAAUAUAAUACAGUUUUUGGAAACCACACAUAAGCAAGAAAUCAUAAAAAUGAAAGAAGCAUUUCUUAAGCAAUCAGAAAUAAUAAAAAAGUUAGAAAUAAAUCGAAAAAAUGAACUUGAAUUUUUAACUAGUGAACUCCAAAAAUACGAAAUAAACUUAGCCAUGCGAAUGGAGGCAGUCACCAUACAACUUUCCCAAAAAGACGAAAUUAUAAGAAAACAAGCGGAAAUAAUAGAAGAACUAAAUAAAAAAAUAAAAUCAAACAUUUCAGCGCCUGACAUAACUAUUACGGAUUCAAACUCUGACUCUGGAGUAGCUUUAGACAACGAAGACAAUAUUUCUAAUAAAACCGUUGAAACUAAAACUGAAGUUAAAUCAAAUAGAAAAUGCAGCAGAAAAUUCACAGAUCCCAUAGGUUUUCUUCGAAGAGUUGAUUUUUCCCCUAUGAAAUAUAAGCCAGGCCAUCGAGAAGUUAAUAAAAAGAAAGAAGAGAAUAAGAAACACUUAAAUGUACCCUUUUCAGAAAAUAGGCUCUUAGUUCCACAGUUAAGUAAUGAGAAAGCUACAAGUGAAGAUGAAAGAAAUAUUUCUGAUGAUACAGUUUUAUCGGAUAGUUUAAUAGAACCUGUUAUAAUAAAACCUAAGAAGCUGAAUGACAGUAUGAACAAUCAUUUUUCAGAUGAUGGUAGUGAAGACACCAGUGAGGAAAUUUUCGACAGAGUUAUGAUAAGGAAUAGUGUAAGAAGGUCUGUUAAAGCGAAUCCAAAGUACAAAAAAAUUAGUAGAACGAAAUCAAAACUACUAGAGCAAGUAAAAGUUAAUAUUGGUGAUUAA